UGCACCUGGCAUGGCCAAGAUGGAGGACUUGAUGGUGGAGGUGCGCGGCUCGAACGGAGCGUUUUACAAGGCGUUUGUGAAGGAUGUGCAUGAAGAAGCUUUGACUGUGGCUUUCGAGAACAACUGGCAGCCUGAAAGACAGAUUCCUUUCCAUGAUGUACGAUUUCCACCACCAGCAGAUUAUCAUAAAGAUAUUAACGAAGGUGAUGAUGUUGAGGUCUAUUCUCGAGCAAAUGAGAAAGAACCUUGCGGCUGGUGGUUGGCCAAAGUUAGAAUGAUGAAGGGUGAAUUUUAUGUUAUAGAGUAUGCUGUUUGUGAUGCAACAUUCAAUGAAAUAGUCACUGUGGAACGACUGCGACCUAUCAACCCCAAUAAGCCUGCAACAAAAAGCACAUUUCACAAAAUAAAACUUGACGUUCCUGAUGACCUGAGGCGUGCAUGUGCCAACGAAUCUGCACAUAAGGAUUUUAAAAAAGCUAUUGGUGCUUACUGCGUGUACUUUGAUUCAGAAAGCAAUCAACUAGUUGUUUUGUCCACCAAUGAAAUGACGGCGAAGCGAGCAAGCAUGCUGAGUGACAUGCAUUUCAGAAGUAUUCGGACGAAGUUGACUCUGAUGUUGAGGAAUGAAGAGGCAAGCAAACAGCUGGAGAGUUCUCGGCAGCUUGCCUCUCGCUUCCACGAGCAGUUCAUAGUACGAGAAGAUCUCAUGGGCCUCGCCAUUGGUACACAUGGAGCCAACAUUCAACAGGCAAGGAAAGUGCCCGGCGUUACCGCCAUUGAGCUGGAUGAAGAGACGUGCACUUUCCACAUCUACGGUGAGGACCAGGAGGCAGUCAAGCAGGCCAGGAAUUAUCUCGAGUUUACAGAAGAUUCCGUGCAAGUUCCAAGGAACCUUGUAGGAAAAGUAAUAGGCAAAAAUGGAAAACUCAUACAAGAAAUUGUGGACAAAUCCGGAGUUGUCCGAGUGAGAAUUGAAGGAGAUGGCGAUAAGAAGAUUCCGAGGGAAGAGGGCAUGGUUCCUUUUGUGUUUGUUGGAACAAAGGAAAGCAUAAGCAAUGCUCGUGUUCUAUUAGACUACCAUCUAAAUUACUUAAAGGAAGUUGACCAGCUCCGGAUGGAACGUUUACAAAUAGAUGAGCAACUUCGGCAGAUGGGUGCAGGUUUGAGGACCCCUGCAAACCGCUCUGAUAAAGAAAGAGGCUAUUCAGCUGAUGAGAGCACAAGUUACUUGCGCGGGGGCAGACCUUAUGGAAGUCGAGGGCGUGGAAGGCGAGGCCCAGGAUAUGCAUCAGGUAACAACUCUGAAGCCUCUAAUGCCUCUGAGACAGAAUCUGAGCACAGAGAUGAGCUAAGUGACUGGUCACUGGCACCAACAGAUGAAGAAAGGGAGCCCUAUUCACGUCGAGGGGAUGGCCGCAGGCGUGGCAAUCCUGGGCGUGGCCGUGGGGGAGGUCGUGGUCGUGGAAGUAACAAAAAUCUGUCAGCGGUUUCAGAUGAAUUCUUGAGGGCAGACAUCCGUAAACGCAAUUCGUCAAGAGACUCGAAGACUGGGACGACAGACAGCUCAUUGGAGAUCAGAACUGACAGCAAUAAUGAGAGGGGUAUCGCGAUGAAAGCUUCACACAGCCCGAACGUUUUUGGUGAGAGCACUCGGCAACGCAUAGGCAAGGAGCGCGCUCCAAAGAAAGAGAAGCCAGAGACUUCUGCAGACAACCAGCAAGUGAUGGUGAAUGGAGUAUCUUAAAGCGCAUACCUGUAGAGUGAUGUUCUCUCUUAAUUUCCUUUCAUUAACCAUACAAACCAGAUGCUUACAUGUCACUUAGAGAACCCUAUUAGGCCAAAGACAUAAACCUCAUUGGUGCAUAACUGAUGCACACAAUCCACUUUUGUCUUUAAGUAGGCAGGUGGAAAAGUUUGUGAAGUAACCAUCUUCAUUUCACUUAGCAAACUCCUUUUUGAAAAAAAAGUAUAUUGUUUGAUCUGUGCCUUCAAUAUAACUUGCCAGAAGGGGAUAACCUUACUAUAGUUGCAGAAAUCAGGGAAGCUAAAUGAGCAGAAGACAGUAACAAUGUAAAAUACAUGUAUGUAGAUAAAGUGUGGUUAAAUACCGGGGAACCUUUACAGAAGAAUGCAUGCUUUUCAUGAUUUUCCUUAUAUAUGCAUCUAGCUGAACAGUAAAGGAUCAGAAAUCCUUGCACUGAAGUUUGUAUGGCAUUGAUUGGUCAGUGUGGGAGGGCACUUUUUUUCUUUACACCUUGGCAUUUGAUGUACAGGGGUAAAUGUAAAGAAUUAAAUAGUGUAUUGUUUGAAAGGCAUAUAAUGCCUGGAGAUUGUUGCCAAACGGAUGAUUUGUAGUUAUUUAUUUUUGGGAAUGUACAGUAUUGGGGAGGGGAAAAGCUUUGUUUAUGUACCUGUCCACUAUGGGCUCUUGUGUUAAACCUAGUAUAGAUUAACAAAGGUAGAUUGACCUUACAGUGUAUGAUCUGCAAUGGGGCAAUAUUUUUCUCUGUACAUAGUAGUGAAAACAAUUUGGUUUUAUGUUGAUAUUGUUCGGUUGAAGUGCAAUAUAUUUUGUAUGCAAGCAGUUUCAAUUAAUAAAGUUUGAUCUUCCUCU